GGGGGGGGUGGAGGAGUGGUGAUUGAGCGCAAAAGGGGGCAGGACGUUUUCUCUCCGAGUCCUAUUAAGAGCAAACUUUGUGUUUUUGUUCUCCAAGUUCAGCUCGGUGCUCUCCAGCCUGCAACACAGUUCCGUUCCGCUGCUCUUUUUUCCUUCCUAUUUCCAUUUGUGUUCCUUCUUCUUCUUCUCAAUGCUUUUGUUGGUUACUGCUGGUCGCCUUCUCGUGGGGGAUUUGGACACCGGGAGGAUGCGCUUUUUGGAGGAACACAUGCUCAAAGUGGUCUCUUGAGCCGGUCCCGGGUCGUUUUAGUUGGAUUCACAGAUGUUCUUCGGGUUGGAAUGAACAAUGGUGCGCAUCCUUGGAGCUCUGGCCGAGGGCAUGCUCUGCUUUCGGCUACUGUUGCUGUGCGUCGUGGAGUUGGACCUGGGAGCCGCGCUCUCUACUUUCCAAGGUUUCUAUCUUCCACCUGCGAACGGCUCGCUUCUCACACCUGCCCGGAGGGCAGACGGGGUCGUGCGGACCAUUGACCGGAUUUACCACGGAGGAGGGAAGGUGGGCUACCUGGUGUACUUGGAUGGGCGCCGGUUUCAGCUGGACAUGGAGCGGGACGACAUGGCGCUGUCGCAUCACUUCAGCCCCCAGUAUGUGCUCGCUAUGAUGGGGGACAGCCCCGCGGCUUUGCUGCGGGAGUGCGUGUACCGGGGGACAGUGGACUCCAACCCGGAAUCCCUGGCCGUCUUCAAUCUUUGCGGCGGGGGUCUGGAGGGCUUCUUCGCCUUGGACCACGCGCGCUACACCAUCACGCCUAUCAUUAGGGCGAAGGGACACGAGCACAACGUGCGCGCCCUGCAGGACAAGGACGUGGAGAGCGCGCUCCACGUGUUCACGCGCGAGAGUUUCAGCUUCGAAGCCAUGCGCGAGGGGCGCGAGAGCUGCGGGACGCGCGACGGGCGCAGAGGACGCAGGGAUGCGGCGGGGAAGCGCGGCCGGCACAGGGGCCGCGCGACGAGGAGACGGGACGGAGAGAGUGACGCGGAGGAGAGCGCCGGUGGCCACGGCGCGCGCGGCCGAACAUGGUGGAGCCGGCUCGCCAACGCGGCUGCACCGGUGCAUGGAACGCGGAGCAGGAGGUCGGUCUCUCGCGCCAGGCACGUGGAGCUGCUCCUGGUGGCCGACGACACCAUGACCAAGAAAUACGGCAAGGAAUUAAACCACUACCUGCUCACACUGGCCGCCAUCGCCUCCAAGCUGUACGGCCACGCGAGCAUCGAGAACCCCAUCCGGCUGACGGUGGUGAAAGUCACCGUGGUCACCGAGAAGGAGAAGGGGCUCGACGUGUCCAAGAACGCGGCGGCGACGCUGAAGAGCUUCUGCAAGUGGCAGAACCAGCAGAACCCGCUGGACGACGACCACCAGCAGCACCACGACGCCGCCAUCCUCUUCACCAGGCAGGACCUCUGUGGCCACCACUCCUGCGACACCCUCGGCAUGGCGGACGUCGGCACCAUCUGCUCCCCGGCGAGAAGCUGCGCCGUCAUCGAGGACGACGGGCUUCACGCUGCGUUCACUGUCGCGCAUGAGAUAGGUCACCUGCUGGGCCUCUCCCACGACGACUCCAAGUUCUGCGAGGAGCGCUUCGGGGUGAACAGCGACAAGCGGCUCAUGUCCUCCAUCCUCACCUCCAUCGACGCCUCCAAGCCCUGGAGCCGCUGCACCUCGGCGACCAUCACGGACUUCUUCGACGACGGCAACGCCGAGUGCCUCCUGGACUCCCCGCGCACGCCGCUGCUGGGCCCCGAGGAGCUCCCGGGGCAGAGCUACGACGCCGUCCGCCAGUGCCGCCUGGCCUUCGGCCCCCAGUACACCGUCUGCCCGGGCAUGGACGUGUGCGCCCGCCUGUGGUGCGCCGUGAUUCGCCACGGACAGAUGGUGUGUCUGACCAAGAAGCUGCCGGCCGUGGAGGGAACGCCGUGCGGGAAGGGGCGCAUCUGCCUGCACGGGAAGUGCGUGGACAAGACCCGCAAGAGGCACUACUCGGUGUCCAACCACGGCAGCUGGAGUUCCUGGGGUCCUUGGGGUGCGUGCUCCAGAACAUGCGGAGGCGGGGUCCAGUUUGCCCAACGCCUGUGCAACAACCCGCCGCCGCGGAACAACGGGCGCUACUGCACGGGAAAGAGAGCCAUUUAUCGGUCCUGCAACGUCCCGCCGUGUCCUGCGUCAAGGAAGAGUUUCCGGCAGGAGCAAUGUGAGGUGCGCAACGGUCCCCAGACGGAUCCGAAGGGGGUGAAGACCUUUGUCGAGUGGGUGCCUAAGUACGCUGGAGUCCUCCCCAAAGACGUGUGCAAGUUGAUCUGCAGAGCAAAAGGAACGGGAUACUACGUGGUGUUCUCUCAGAGGGUGGUCGAGGGGACCGAGUGUCGUCCUUACAGCAGCUCGGUGUGCGUCAAAGGGAAGUGUAUACGGACAGGCUGCGACGGCAUCAUUGGCUCCAAGCUCCAGUUCGACAAGUGUGGUAUUUGUGGAGGCGACAGCACCGGAUGUGUACGCGUUGUGGGCAACUUCACCAAGAAGAGUAAAGGCUACACUGACGUGGUGAAGAUCCCCAUUGGCUCCACCCACAUUAAGGUCCGUCAGCACAAGGCCAAGGACCAGACCCGCUACACCGCCUACCUGGCUCUCCGACGGCCCAACAAAGACUACCUUCUCAACGGCAAGUUCAUGAUCUCCACCUCCGAGACGAUCAUCCCGCUCAACGGCUCUGUGCUCAACUACAGCGGCUGGAGCCAGAGGGACGAGGGGCUUCACAGCAUGGGUCCCGGGGCCCUCCAAGAAUCCUUGGUGGUCCAGAUUCUAGCGACGGACGCUAAAAAGCCCCUGGAUGUCCGUUAUAGUUUCUUCAUGCCCCGACGGACGGCCCCACAGCAGCCGUCGGCUCCGCUCAUCUCCAACCCGAAGUCCACCCCUGUACAGAGCACGACAAGAACCACCACCAGUACCACCACUACAUCUUCCACCGCUCCCUCCGUCCUGGUCCCAAGGGUACCAACCGCUCCCGGUCCCUCCACCCCAACCCCGGGGCCCCGCUGGGUAACGGGAGCCUGGAUGACAUGCUCCAGGACUUGUGACACUGGCUGGCAGAGCCGGACUGUGCAGUGCAAGAAUCCGAAUGGGAAACUGUCCAAGGGCUGCACGUUAGGUGCCCGACCGUCUGCCUUCAAACACUGUCUGGCGAAGAGAUGUUGAGGCGGACCGAGAGGGAAACGGAUACGUGGACCGAGAAACAUUUCGUAGGAAGGAGUUUCAUCUGUACAUCUGAUAAAGGUCUCAAGUGCCGGAUUUUGGACGAUGGACCAAUUACUUUAAGAACCUUAAACAGGACUAUGAAUGUUGGCUAAAAGCGCCUGGACCAGAUACGCAAAGAGACCCAGAGACAGAUUGUCAUGGAUGUACCCGACUAUAUGCCAGAGAAAUGUUCUGGAAUCAUAGUAGCUAUGCAGAGCAGAAGUAAAACGGUGGACGGUGUCCGUAUCACAGUGGCAAGUCAUGCCCUGGCGGAGCUAAGGACUUAAAUUGCAUGUCAUUUCCACACGGACAGUAACUGAUUGUCUCUACUCCAGUCUCCAAACCCCUGGAGGCUCAGUGUGUGUUGCCCUGUAAUGGCAUGUCUGUCGUGUUGUUGUUUUCUGUAUGCUAUGCUAAUCACUGUUUGUGUCCGAGUGACAAGAACCUCGGCGAUGGGAAGCACUCGUUAAUCACAAUGUCGUCACGUCCGCCCGAAUCACAGCCCAGUCCCACUGCAUCCCCUGUUACUACCCCAACUUGGACAUUCCAGUCAUUGAAAUAAUGAACUCACCGGAUUGAACAAUCGUUGCAGCAACGAAUUAUGUAAAGACAAUUGAUCAGGAUGUCCGUUUCAUCAACCAACUUGAGAGCAUCCUAAACUAAUAUGGUGGUCUCAAUAUGGCCAAUACUCGUCCCGUAAAUACUUGUAUGAGCCAUUCAAAGACCGGAUGUCCAAAUGACAGGAGAUAUGCAUUCUUAUGAUGAUGCUGCUGGAUCAGGGAUACCCAUAAGCCCCGACUGUAGGCGUUUUGUGUCUUUAUUUGACAUAUGUCCGGCUGGAAAAUCGAGAAGCAGCACAAGAAGACGGGCAGACUUAUGAAGAACCAUUUCCCGUAGUGGUGACCAAGAAUGAACCCAGACAUUUGGUUAAUGGACGGCGUCCCUUAAACUGUUCAGAUACGUGUCUGCUCAAGUUCUUGAAAAGUUUCGUAAAGAAAGUCUACCCGGAAGGGACGAGUCCCCUGUGCAGCGUUGAUACAGUAGCAUGGUGUGAGGGGAUGGAAGCGUAUGGUGGCCUUCAGGGGACAAACUGUAUAACAGUUCAAUUGAAACAAAGGGGCAAAGUAACCGCGACAGCCCUCAACAUUUACGGAGGAUAAGGAUGACUCACAGGUUUGGGGCAAUGCUUAAUUAGUUGUUUUUGUGUGUGUUACGGCCUCUUGGUUGUCUAAGGGUGCACCGGUCGUAACAUACAAAGAAGGGAUACAGCUACGAGGGAAAACAAAGGAGGCAAACAAUAAAGUUAAAUACAUAAGCCAAUAAGGGAUAUUUAUUUGACAGUUAGGGCUUAACAACGGGCAGAAUUAUACAGAAGCAAAAGAAAAAGGCGUCAGGGUCUCCAAGGCCAAAACAACAAAGAGAACCCCCAUGCUAACUAGAAAACAAAAGAUCCCACUGACCUACCAUGACUGAAAGAAAUGACAAUACUGAGCUCCCUGUCUGACCACAAAACAGGAGAAAAUGGACACAACAAAAAUGGCAGAGAACCCCAACCAAGCUUCACCCGCAGAGCAACAAAUGGUGGCCCACACUUCGGCACCAUACCAAAGAUAUCAGAGGUCGAGAGAGAGAGAGAGAGACACUUACUCUGGGUGUACAUGUGUCCCGCCCACUGAUUAGCUGAUCCCUCUCAGGUGGCGUUGCUCCAGGCUUACCAGCCUGAAAGAGAUUGCUCCUCCCUCUUCCUGAAAGAGGGCUGUCUAAGUCACGGGACGUAACAGUGUGUGUGUGUGUGUGUGUGUGUGUGUGUGUGUGUGUGUGUGUGUGUGUGUGUGUGUGUGUGUGUGUGUGUGUGUGUGUGUGUGUGUGUGUGUGUGCGUGUGUACAGUAUGGACCGUGACCAUGUGUGUCUGGAAGCGCCUCAUUAAUGUCCUUUUGCAAUUCUCCUCUUUCUUUUCAUCACUCAUUCUCUAUGUUACUACUUCACAUCCUGUAUUUGAAAUGAUUGUUUUAUCCGUUUCCAACUCUGGUGGGUGGUCCAAAAUUGUGAUUGUGCCACAGAAUAGAUGAUGUUAACGGGUCAGUUCGCCCAAAAUACAAAGGAGUGGGAUAUUGAGAUGGCCUUCUGGUGCAACCAGCCCGGUCAAUGAAUGGAAUUCCCUUUGCGGUGGUCACAGUUUUUAUAAAUCACAUUCACAAUUUGCAGAAGAAACUCCAGAAACGAUGCCACAGACCUCACUGUCAACAAUGUGUGUGGAAGUACUUCCUGCGAUAGAAAUGGCGCCACCACUGGACACUGAUUGUGGAAGUGAGGUUGCUGUGGAUUUAAAGGAAUUCUUUGACACUUUUCUUGGCUAAGAAAUAGAUCUGAAGAGUGAUACCACUUUAAAUAUGAAGCCAACGCCAGGAAGUGGUUAGCAUAGCUUAGCAUUCAGCAGUUUUAAUGCUAAGCUAACGCACUGCUGGCUCUAGCUUUAUAUUAAACACACAUAUAUAAGUAUGGUAUCAAUCUUCUUGUCUAACUCUCAAGUAAGUUAAUCAGAAUUUUAAAAAUACUUUUUUUUAAUCAGUAAAAAACAAAAAAAAUCCACAUCGCGAGAUACCACGAGGCAGAAGCGAGGAGAUUUGCUUUGAUGGUUAUUUUGGGAAAACUCAUUCCUUAAAAUCCUCCACCUAAUCUCCCAAUGUCAUGCUUUGCUUGGAUUGGGUUAUGUAAUCAAUUAUGCAUGAAGAGUUCAGACAAUGUACGUCACAUAUCAAGUGGACUUGUUAAAGAUACCUGCCUGUAGUUGUUUGCCUCACCCACCUGGCACCUGUGCUGGAGAAACCCAACCACGAGGAAGGUCUUCAGGUCGUGACCCGGGUCAACAUACCACUCACACUGCGCUCCCUCUUCUGCCCUCACACAUCUACAUUUAUUUACACAAUGUAGACGUCUUUGUACAAUGAGUAGAUCUUUCAUAUACGUGUUAGUAUUCAACUAUAUUUACACAGAACUGCACACAUUCAGAGACAUCAAAACAACCCAUCAGUUACAAAACAUUUGGAGUAUUUCACAACCCCCCCCCCCCCCUACACACACACACACACAUAUAUACACACACACACAAACACAAUCUACUCGACUCCUCCAGUGGGGAAACCCCUCUCGCUGAACGACAGAAACACAGCACUGAACUUGUAAUUUAUUGUUUGUACAACUAUGUGUGUGAAUAAAAAAAACAACGAGAUGAGUUAUAUUUAUUAUAGUAAUUUUGUAUCAAAUUGCUAUUUGACUUAGGAAUAUGACAGAAUCAUUCCUCUGUAAGAAUAUAGUGUUUCUUUUGUAGCCAUCCACAUGAAUAUAUGUACAUAAAAUCUAUAUAUUUAAAUAU